CGUGCUGCCGCGGCCUGGGAGCCGAGCGGAGCGGGCGGAGCAGCCAGGACCUGACGGGAGGGAGCGGGUGGGGGCUCUGGGUGUGCCGCCGCCAGAGGCGCGGGGGCCGGGCCGCUGCGAAGCGGGGCGCUGACGGCUAACAGGGGUGCUGUCCCCACCACCCAGAGCAGCAUGGAUGCCCCCCGAAGGGACAUGGAGCUGCUCAGCAACAGCCUGGCGGCCUACGCACACAUCCGCGCUAACCCUGAGAGCUUUGGCCUCUACUUCGUGCUGGGCGUCUGUUUCGGCCUGCUGCUAACCCUGUGCCUGCUGGUCAUCAGCAUCUCCUGUGCGCCUCGCCCGCGGCCACGGGGCCCUGUGCCGCGCCGGGAGCCCCGCAGCAGCACCCUGGAGGCUGAGGACGACGACGAGGAGGACGAGGAGGACACAGUGACGCGGCUGGGCCCCGAUGACACACUGCCUGGUCCGGAGCUGUCUGCUGAGCCCGACGGGCCCCUGGGCGUCAACGUCUUCACGUCAGCAGAGGAGCUAGAGCGGGCGCAGCGCCUAGAGGAGCGGGAACGGAUCCUGCGGGAGAUCUGGCGCACGGGGCAGCCGGAUCUGUUGGGCACUGGCACGCUGGGGCCCAGCCCCACAGCCACAGGCACCCUGGGUCGCAUGCACUAUUACUGACCCAGCGGCUCCAGCUGCAAGGCUCUCUGGUACUGGACAUGCACAAGAGCUCACAGCUGCCCCAGGACUUUCGGACUGCCCCCGCCUGCAGUGGUAUGGUGGCCCCGCCCCCACGGUGCUAUUGGGCGUGGAUCCCCACCCUCUGGGAGGCACCCUUCUCCAGUCCCACCAGAAAACCUUGGGGGGCCAGAAAACCAUGAGGGGACAGCAGGACGCAGGGACCCCACUCCCACUCCAGCGGAUGGUUAAAAGGUGACGUGACCAAUGAAAGCUACAUUGCCAGUGA